CUGAUCUCGAUCUAAGGAAGAGAUAAAAGCGUCCACAUGGGGGGCACGUGUGGACGCGCGGCGCUCCCCGAGACUCGAGAGCAAGCGCUCCUAGUCCUAGGCAAGGCGUGAGUCAGCGCUCCGUGCCGAGCACAGCACAAAAACAAACCCGCACCCGCUCGAGUUGUGAUCCGGUUGCCGCCGCCGUGCGAGCUGCGGCGCCGCCGUGUCCAGUCUCCGGUCCAACCAUGGCGGCGGGGCUCGGUUUCUUGAAGGCCGUGGCGCUGGUGCUGGCGCCGGUGGUGCUCGCUGCCGCGCUGUACAGCCCGACGGGCUUCUCGCCGGCGCCGAUGCCGCCGGAGUACUCGUACGGGCCCGUCGUGUCCGCGCCGCGGCACGAGGCCCGCGCGCUGGCGCGGAGCGAGCGGGUGGGCGAGGGGCGGCUCCCUGGGCCGGAGGACCUGGCGUACGACGCCGCCGGCGGGUGGCUUUACACCGGGUGCGCCGACGGGUGGGUCAGGAGGGUCAGCGUGCCCGGCGGGGACGUCGAGGACUGGGCACGCACCGGCGGCCGCCCGCUCGGCGUCGUGCUCACCGCGGACGGCGACCUGAUCGUGGCCGACGCGGACAUCGGAUUGCUGAAGGUGAGCCCGGAGAGGAAGGUGGAGCUGCUGACCGACACGGCGGAGGGCCUCAAGUUCAAGCUGACCGACGGCGUGGACGUCGCCGCCGACGGCACCGUCUACUUCACGGACGCGUCGUACAAGUACAACCUCGCCAACCACAUGACGGACAUCCUCGAGGCGCGGCCCCACGGGCGGCUCAUGAGCUUCGACUCGGCCACUGGGCGCACGGCCGUGCUCGCGCGCGGCCUCUACUUCGCCAACGGCGUCGCGGUCUCGCCGGACCAGGCCUCCCUUAUCUACUGCGAGACGGUGGUGAGGCGGUGCUCGAGGUACCACAUCACCGGCGACAAGAAAGGCACGGUGGAGAAAUUCAUCGACAACCUGCCGGGAUUCCCUGACAACAUCCGGUACGACGGAGAAGGCCGGUACUGGAUUGCCUUGUCUGCGGGGAGAACUCUUCAGUGGGACUUGCUGACGAAGUAUCCGUUCGUCCGGAAGCUGGUUUACCUCAUCGAGAAGUUCGUGGCGGUUCCCCACGGGCUGAAGAACUCGGGGACGGUGAGCGUGACGCCGGACGGGGAGCCGGUGUCCAUGUACACCGACCCGCGGCUGGCCCUCACCACCGGCUGGCUCAAGGUCGGCAAGCAUCUGUACUACGGCUCACUGACGGAGACAUUCCUCAGCAGGAUCGACCUCACUAAAUCAUCAGCUGAACUCCACGAGUGAUCAUCCGCUGAGAAGAUGAAUAAUUAGGCGGCCAUUCAUACAUUGCUUCAUGUUGAUGGCUCGGUGAAUCUCGGAACUGUUCAUCUCAAAAACAUGAAAAACAAGGAUAUAGAGCAUAUCAUUCAUACAUUAGGCAUACCACAACCUUUAGCCAUAGAUCAAGGUACUUCAUUUGUCUUAAGCCGGGUAUUUGAAUAUGACGAAUGUUACAAGAUUAUUAGGUUGCCAAUUCAUCUUCCUAUUAUGCUUAGGCUAAAGGAUGGGCAGAGUCUAGUAAUAAAUUUGAUUUCACAUUCUCAUUAAAAUAUAGAAGAUAUAUCAAAAAAGUAAAAGAAAAGUCAGUCCAAGUUUUCUAACUUGUCUGUCGUACUUGUGCAGACAGAAAACCUCUUUGUCAAUACUAUUCAAGGGAUAUAUUUGGCUUCUGUUCUA